AUGGCCACUGUACAUUCAUAUGUUAUUCUUCGAUCCACUGACAUUUGGAUCCUUGAGGGCAAACCUUUCGAAUCGGUCUCGUUUCGGGCGCCGGUAGAAACCAGCUUUGAGACGCUUCCAGGAACUAUUCGAAGCCUCUCGAAGUGCGCACAAGCAGACGACAAGGUUAUUCUUCUCUGUCAGGCAGAAGAGAAAUUGUUGACGCGUGGUCAAUGGAGCCUACUAUUUCAUCAGACGAUCUUGGCCCGUUGGCACGAUGACGUACCGUUUUUUUAUGAAUGGAAGCAUCGAUAUUAA